AUGUGCGUUUGCGCCCGCGCAUAUUCCCCGCUGGGACCCGGUGUGGUUUUCCUGCUGUGUGGGUUCGCCUGCGUAGCGAGCGAACGGGCGCUGGUGGUGGGUGACAGCUGGGCCUCCUACUCCUUGCAGAGCCUUCAAGAGAGUUGCGACAGCAUCACAGAGGUGGAGAAUCGCGGAAUUGCGGGCACCACUGCUGCGCAAUGGGCCGCCAGACACAACUGUGAGACUGACAGCAGUUCACAGUGUUGUCAAAGUUCCAAAAGCUGCAGUCUCUUUGACGUGACUUUCGAGCCUGGCUUUACAUAUGCUUGGGUCAGCAUUGGUGGGAACGACUUCUUUGAGAUGGCGUGCAGCAUGGAUGUCAAUCGCUUGACCAGUGUCCAACAAAGCAUUGAGCAGGUGCUGGCAGACCUGCAAUUCUUGUCGGCCAACACCAAGAUUAUCCUCACAGGCUAUGCAGUGCCGAAAGGACCUUUGACCUGGCAUCCCAGCCCGGCCUGUUCCUCCAUCACUGCCCUGGAGCCACUCAAUGCGGCAGUGAAGCGCGCGGCGCAAGCGUGGGGAGCUACCUUCGUGGAUGUCUCUGAGUCCAUGGGUGGCAACACAACCCAUUGGAGUCAAACCGAUUUCUUUCGUGACUCGAUCCACUUGAAUGCUGCGGGCUACACACAACUCUGGAGCACUCCCGCUCUGCAGGAAGCCUUUCAAUGCGUGCUCAGCAAUGCCCGGGCCGCUGGAAUACUCAUCAGCUUCCUCAUGCUUGGAUUUGCAGUGUUAUGA